AUUUCGCAAGUCCCAGGUCAUUUGUCGCUGCCGGUCCAUCCCUCUCCUCCACCCAUCCCCACAGCUUCUAGCCAGGUCCAGUGUCGCCGGCGCGGCCCUCGGACGCCACGCCUCCUCCACUCCUUCCUUCCCCUUGCCGGCGUCUCAGGCGCUCCGCUUCCUCCUCGCACCAGGGAGGGGGACAAGAACAAUCCUUCAGCAGUCUUCUCGGUUCUAACGCCUCCCUUCUCUACCGACCAAUAUAGUACAAGAUGGCUCCCGGCCGGAAGGUAGGAUCAGGCAAACGGCAACCAGCAGAACAAGAACUAACAGAUUAUGAGAAAGAAAGAACAUUAAAUAUCAUGAGGAACAACCAGAGGAUUCAAGAACUUGGCACAAAUAAUAACAAGAAGGCGAGAGGUACUGCAGUAUCAGAUUCUUUGUAUCAGCCUGAAGAGAAUGACGACUCUGAAGAAGAAGGCGUUGAAAAGAGUUCAAAUGAUACUACUAGAAUGCCAUUCGGAGGAGCAAGAACGAAGAGAGUCAUGGCACCAGGGGGACAAGGCCUACCUGCUAGAGUCACUAGGCAGAAGACAAGAGCGUCGGCUUCAACUCACGAAGACCUUCCUGCCACAGAUGUUGCAUUGGUACCACCAAGGUCUCCUGCCCAACAUGAGGACCCUCUUCUAAUGGACGAUGAAGUUGAACAUACUACCAUCACAGAGCAAGUGCAUAGGGGAAGAACUUUGGGAAAAGGACUUGAGAGGAUAAGCAGAGGCUUAGGCACUAAGUUAGCAAUCCACAUUUCUGAAGGGAACAAACGGCCAGAGACACCAAUGCAAGCUGCAAAGCUUGCAUCAGAGGGAGGGAUUGUUCUUAGGCAACACAUACCUAUCCUUCCACACUGGAAGGAGUACAAGAAGGAUCCCUCUAUCCUUACAGACUACAUUGGCAAAGUUGCUGUUCAAUUUACCAUGGACACCAAUUCUAAGCCAGUCAAAGAUGCAUGUGUUGACAUGCUCAAGGGUGGGCAACGUCAAAUGAGACACAGGCUCAAAAAACAGUACUUUGAUGAUGUCCCGGCUAAUCAAGUUAGAACUACAUCGCCGGUGAAUAGUAUGACUGAUGAGCAAUGGAGAGCCUUGGUGGCAAUGUGGUCAAGCCCAAGACACAAGGAGAAGUGCCAGAAAUACAAACUGAAUCGUGAGUUUGUUAAGUUACAGCAGCGCACAGGCUCUCGGUGCUACAUUGCACACCGCUUUGCUGUGACCGAAAUGCUAUAUCCCGAUGCACCACCCAAUGCAAUUGAACUUUUCAAGGAGUGCCAUCUUAGCAAAAAGAAAGGCCUUGCUGAGCCAGUCCAGAAGGCUAUUGAUGACAUGAACGCUAUUAUGGCAGCUCCAGUUGAAGAUGAACAGCAACCCAAUAUUGCAAUUGAAGCAGUUUCUCAAGUUCUACCAUCAAGUAAAUUCCUUCAAAAUGUAGGCCUUCAGCCAGCCUUGAAGAAAAGAUCUAGCCGAGCUGAAACUUUGCGUGUGCAAGAGCUUGAAGCGCAACUUGAGAAGGAGAAACAAGACAAAGAGGAACUUCGACAAAAGCUUGAUGGUCAACAACAAGAGAUAGACAACCUAAAGAAACAGUCAGAAGAAGCAAGACAGAAGCAUCUAGAAGAUGUUGGAGAUCUCAAGAAGCAAUUAGAAGAAAACAAUGCUCUCCUUCGUGGUUUGAUCAGCUUCAAUCAGAGUCAGUAA